AUGGUUGGGCCGGCUACGACCUCUUCCAAGCGGCCAGUGUACGUGGUGGGGGUGGGCUUGACCGAGUUCAUCAAGCCUCGUGGCCUUCGUGACUAUCCUGAAAUGGGAUAUGAAGCAGGCAUCAAGGCAAUGCUUGACGCUCAAAUCAACUAUGACCAAGUCCAGGCUGGCGUGGGGUGCUACUGCUAUGGUGACUCUGGUGCUGGCCAGCGCGUGUUUUAUCAGUUUGGCAUGACCUCCAUCCCCAUUUUCAACACGAACAACGCUUGCGCAACCGGCUCGAGCGGCUUAUAUCUUGCUCGCACUUUGAUCCAAAAUCGUGCCAUAGACUGUGCCUUGGUUGUUGGCUUCGAGAAGAUGCAGCCAGGUAGUAUCAAGAGCAAGUGGGAUGACCGGGCAUCACCAACCCAGUUAAGUUCCAGGAUGAUGAAGAAGACCCGAGGGCUGGAGCCGGGCAUUCUCAAUGCCCAGUAUUUUGGGAAUGCUGGGAGGGAGUAUAUGGAGAAAUACGGAGCCACAGCGGAAGAUUUUGCUGAAAUCGGUCGGAUCAGCCACGAGCACUCCCAACGCAACCCCUAUGCACAGUUCCGAAAUUCCUAUACUCUUCAGGAGGUCCUCGAUGCUCCCAUGAUCUUCCCUCCAUUGACAAAACUACAAUGCAGUCCCACAAGUGAUGGGGCAGGAGCAGCUGUGCUGGUGUCUGAAGAUUUCUUGAAUGCUUCGCCACACCUGUGGAAACAGGCCAUUCUGAUCGCUGGUCAGCAGCUAAGAACAGAUACUCCCAGCCUCUACUCGGGGGGUUCUAUGGAUUUAAUCGGGUAUGGGAUGUCCCAGGCCGCUGCAAAGGGUGCUAUGGAAGAGGCUGGGAUUACACCGAAAGACGUCAAGCUUUGCGAGCUACAUGACUGCUUCUCGGCCAAUGAGCUUAUUCUUUUAGAGAGCCUCGGAUUCUCAGAGGUGGGCAAAGCUCACGAGAUGGUCCGGAAUGGCGACAUCACAUACGGCGGGAAGAUGGUCAUAAACCCAUCUGGGGGUCUCAUCUCGAAAGGACAUCCUUUGGGCGCCACAGGCCUUGCCCAGUGCGCAGAGUUGGUGUGGCAGCUACGUGGAUGGGCUAACAACCGGCUCGUCAAUGACAUUGACGUUGCCCUCCAACAUAACUUGGGCCUUGGUGGUGCAACAGUUGUCACCGUGUACAAGCGUGUCGAUGGGAAGAAGAAUGCUCCGGUCAGCGAUGAGGAAAUUGCCAAGUCAAGCUGGCUCGGCUACAACCCCGCUGUUGAGGUAAGAGGUGUUAAAGAGGUAGAAGCUGAUAGAGUACGAAGCAAAGCAAGCAGAAGUGACUGGGCACUUGCUAAUAGCCAGAAGAAGAUUGACUCACGUUUGUAA